AUGACCUCUGCAAUGGUUGCAAAAUCAAAAUAUAAACUAGAAUAUAAGAUCAGAGAGUAUGUAAAAAUUCUUAUUCUCAAGAUUGACCAAUUUGAUAAGUUAAAUUAUAAUGAAACAUUUAAAUACUAUUUUGAAUGCAAAAGUGGCAUAUUAAAUAAUUUAUAUUGUGCUAAUGAAUUGAAACCAUUAGGCAUAAAAGAAUAUCCAGAGUUAAAUAAUAUUCCAACAGAUAAUAUUUCUGUUAGAGAAGCUGUACAAACUCAAAAUACUGAUAAUGGCUUUAUGAAAAAUAUGUGCAA